AUGCUGUCGAACCGCACAUUUUUGGCGCCUAAGGCCAUGCAUGCGGGAGAUGCCGCUGAUAUGCAGCAAAGAUCUUUUUGCGAUGUGACACAAAAGGAAGUCUCGGAGGAAAAAAUUGCGAGCCGACGGUGUGCAUAUGGGCUCUCGUGCGAUCACUUGCAUUGA